UCUCUCUCUCUCUCUCUAUCUUCUAAUCUAUAUAGCCAAACCAAACCAAGCACCAUUAUAAUACAAGAGGACACACUUUCAAAGAGGUGAAACAACCGCAACACUUAUUCUUUGCCUUCUUUUUAAAUACUCUGCUGCUAAGCUGUGUCAGUUCAUUCACAAGCCUCAAAUGGCAACUAUGCUGGCAAAGGACCAUGCUCUCAACCUCAAGGAGACUGAGCUUUGCCUCGGUCUGCCUGGUGCUGGCGGCGGUGGCGGUGGCGGCGGGGGCGGCGGCGGCUCUGAGGUGGAAACACCAAGGGCUACUGGGAAGAGAGGGUUCUCUGAGACCGUUGAUCUGAAGCUUAAUCUUCAGGCCAAGGAAGAUCUCAACGACAAUCUGAAGAAUGCCUCAGAGGAGAAGACCCUCCUUAAGGAUCCUACUAAGCAACCGGCUAAGGCUCAAGUGGUUGGUUGGCCACCAGUGAGGUCAUACAGAAAGAACAUGAUGAGCCAGAAGGUUAGCAGUGAGGAGGGAGCUGAGAAGACAACAAGCAGCACUGGUUCUGGGGCAUUUGUGAAGGUUUCCAUGGACGGAGCUCCUUAUCUUCGCAAGGUGGACCUCACAAUGUACAAAAGCUACAAAGACUUAUCUGAUGCCUUGGCCAAAAUGUUCAGCUCCUUCACCAUGGGUAAUUAUGGGGCCCAAGGAAUGAUAGACUUCAUGAAUGAGCGCAAGUUGAUGGAUCUUCUUAACAGCUCUGAGUAUGUGCCAACCUAUGAAGAUAAGGAUGGUGACUGGAUGCUGGUGGGUGAUGUCCCAUGGGAGAUGUUUGUUGAGUCAUGCAAGCGUCUACGAAUAAUGAAAGGAUCAGAGGCAAUUGGACUUGCGCCAAGAGCAAUGGAAAAAUGCAAAAGCAGAAGCUGAAGGUGACAAGAUACAUGAUGUGUGAGAUUCCGUACGAAAUUGGAGCUAUAAAAGAAAUAUGUGAAGCACUUCUGCUGAGACUAUAUGGAGCGGAGUGUUGUUUUUAGUUUGAACGUGUUUGUGUCUUUUUUUCUUUUUUGUUUUGUUUUGUUGGUAUAUAGAUUCAAGUUUAAUUUUAAGGAGCCUAUGGAGCAUUUGUAAUGGACAAGAAGCAAUAAACUUAACCUAUAUAGUCUGGCUUGUUUAUUAUUAUUAUUAUUAUUAUGUGAUCCUUCCAUGCUGUGAUGAUUGUUGUGUGCAAAAUACCUUGAAUUUUAAUGCA